AUGCUCAAGGUGUCCGCCGUGCUGUGCGUGUGUGCAGCCGCUUGGUGCAGUCAGGCUGCGGCCGGGGGGCGUCCGGACGGCGGGAAUUUUCUGGAUGAUAAACAAUGGCUCACCACCAUCUCGCAGUAUGACAAGGAAGUCGGACAGUGGAACAAAUUCCGAGACGUGAGUGCUGAAGUAGAGGAUGAUUAUUUCCGCACCUGGAGUCCAGGGAAACCCUUUGAUCAGGCUUUAGAUCCAGCUAAAGAUCCAUGCUUAAAGAUGAAAUGCAGUCGCCAUAAAGUAUGCAUUGCCCAGGAUCCUCAGACGGCACUCUGUGUUAGUCACCGGAGGCUUACACACAGUAUGAAAGAAGCGGGAAUAGGCCAUAAGCAAUGGAGAGGCCCUGUAUCAUCCUCAUGCAAGCAGUGCCCAGUGGUUUAUACCAACCCUGUUUGCGGCUCAGAUGGUCACACCUACUCUUCACAGUGCAAACUAGAAUAUCAGGCGUGUGUCUUAGGGAAACAGAUCUCAGUCAGAUGCGAAGGACAUUGCCCAUGUCCAUCGGGGAAGUCCAUGAGUACCAGCAGAAAUGUUAAGAGAGCAUGCAGUGACCUGGAAUUCAGGGAGGUGGCGAACAGAUUACGGGACUGGUUCAAGGCCCUGCACGAGAGUGGAAGCCAGAUCAAGAAGACCAAAGCCUUACUGCGGCCUGAGAGAAGCAGAUUUGAUACCAGUAUUUUGCCAAUUUGCAAGGAUUCACUUGGCUGGAUGUUUAACAGACUUGACACAAACUAUGACCUGCUGUUGGACCAGUCAGAGCUUGGAAGCAUUUACCUUGACAAGAACGAGCAAUGUACCAAGGCAUUCUUCAAUUCUUGUGACACAUACAAGGACAGUUUGAUAUCUAACAAUGAAUGGUGCUACUGCUUCCAGAGACAGCAAGAUCCACCCUGCCAGACGGAGCUGAGCAGUAUUCAGAAGUGGCAAGGGGUAAAGAAGCUCCUAGGACAGUACAUCCCACUGUGUGAUGAAGAUGGUUACUACAAGCCAACACAGUGCCACGGCAGUGUCGGGCAGUGCUGGUGUGUGGACAGAUAUGGAAAUGAAGUCAUGGGAUCCAGAACAAAUGGUGUUGCAAACUGUGCUAUGGAUUUUGAGAUCUCCGGAGAUUUUGCGAGUGGCGAUUUCCAUGAGUGGACUGACGAUGAGGAUGAUGAAGAUGAUAUCAUGAAUGACAAGGAUGAAAUUGAAGAUGAUGAUGAAGAUGAAGGGGAUGAUGACGAUGAUGGUGAUGACCAUGAUGGAUACAUUUGA